AUGAUACAAUUGGUGCGUGAAUACACUGGAAGUGAGGAUGUGCUGGUUAUUCUGGAGCAAGGUUGGGCAAGGCGACCCGCCAAAGGAUGCAUGUACGGAGCCAAUUACGUUGCCUUCUAUAAAGCCGAUAUCGCGCGUCUCUUUCAACAAGGUGUGGCGAAUAAGUCUGACAAACUCGGUCCUAGAAGGAUGCUCGAGUCUAUACAGGAGAAGUAUCCCUGGCGGUUCGAUUUUCCCAGCAGCAGUCAAAUUCGAGCCGAAAUUUCCAAAUUGAUGAAAGCCCAAAAAGAAACCGUGCACCAGGAGGACUCGCAAAAUCCCGUUCGAAAUGCAUCAGGAUCGUCCGCUGAGGGGAAUCCGCCUGGGAAGCGGAGCUCAAAGCGUAAAAUCAUGGAUAGUACCUACGUAACAUUCAUCAACCGGCUUAUGGACUCCUAUCCAGAUCUUCUUGCCGCUCAAGCAAUACAACACUUUCGUACUGCGUUCCCUCAAGCCCAAUCAGUCGAAGAUGCAACCAUUAGAAACCGAGUCAACCGCAUCAAGCGCCAGAAAACUGGAUGA